AUGGCCAGCGGCACAAACUCGGCAUACACUCUAACAUUUAACAGACUCGGCGGGCCAGGGGUGGACGCGCACGCGCGGCACGAAGCGGGCGAGGCGGUCCUGCACGCGCGCUUCCUCAUCAACGAGGGCGCGCUCGUCACCGCCUGCGCCGACGACCAGCUGCACCUCUGGACCUUCCGCCAGAAGUCGCCGCAGCGCGUGCAGUCGCUCAAGUUCCAGCGGGAGAGGAUCACCUGCCUGCACCUGCCGCUGCAGUCCAAGUGGGUGCACGUGGGCACGGAGCGCGGGAACGUGCACGUCGUCAACAUCGAGACCUUCGCGCUGAGUGGAUACGUCAUCAACUGGAACAAGGCCAUUGAAGUAACGAGGCCGAACCACCCCGGUGCGGUGGUGGAAGUCAGCGACAACCCCCUCGAUGCGAGCAAGCUGCUGAUAGCGUUCGAGACGGGGCUGGUGGUGGUGUGGGACCUGCGCGCGCGCGCGGCUGAAUGGCGCGGCUGCCUGGGCGCGGGCGCGCCGGGCGAGGGCGUGCGCGCCGCCGCCUGGCAGCACGACGGCAAGUUCAUGACGGCGCACUGCGACGGCGCGCUCGCCACCUGGACCACGCGGUCGCCGCGCCCCACCUCAGUAUCAUACCCUCAUGCGAAAGCGAACAAAGACGGCAAACUGGAACCCUGCAAACCGAUACUCAGACUGGAAUGGAAAACCUCAAGGACAGGAGAGAGCCUGGUGAUCUUCUCGGGCGGGCUGCCCACGGACAAAGCAGGACGCACGCACAGCAUCACGGUGCUCAACGGCAAGGGCACGACGGUGUUGGAGAUGGAGCACAGCGUCGUGGACUUCGUCACGCUCUGCGAGUCGCCGCACACGGCAGACUACCAGGAGCCGUACGCGAUAGUGGUGCUGCUGCAGAACGACCUGGUGGUGAUCGACCUGCAGUCGCCCGGCUACCCCUGCUUCGAGAACCCCUAUCCCAUGGACAUCCACGAGUCGCCGGUCACGUGCUGUUCCUAUUUCGCUGACUGCCCUUCAGAUCUAAUCCCAGCGUUCUACUCGGUGGGGCGGCAGGGCAACAAGAAGUCGAGCUUCAGCGAGAAGCUGUGGCCCAUCAACGGCGGCGAGUGGGCGCCCGCCUCCUGCUCCUAUAGCGAAAUUAUUCUUACAGGGCAUGCAGAUGGUAGUGUAAAAUUUUGGGAUGCUAGUGCUGGGACCUUACAGAUUUUGUACAAAUUAAAAUGUUCUAAAGUAUUUGAGCGGCGGAGCGGGACGGGGCGCGGCGAGGAGGACGCGCCGCUGGCCAUCCAGCAGCUAGCACUGUGCGCCGAGUCCCGGCGGCUGUGCGUGGCGCUGCCGCACGGGCACGUCGUGCUCUUCAAGUUCCGCAAGGCCGACACGCACCAGGAGACACAUGUGCUGGAGGUGCCGGUGAUCAGCGAGGCGCUGGAGGAGGAGCCGUCGCCCGACGCCGAGCCGCGCCCGCGCCCCGACGAGCCGCCCGAGUCCCGCCGGUCGGGCGUGUGGGCGGGCGACGGCGGGACGGGGUCGGCGGCGCUGCGGGUGCGGGGCGCGGGCGGCACGGGCGGCGCGCGGAGGCCCGCCGGCUUCCAACCGGCCCUCGUGGCCCUCCAGCAGGGCCCGCCGCACCCCGUGGCCGCGCUCACCAUCAACUCGUCCUACGGCCUCAUGGCGUGGGGCGGCGAGCGCGGCAUCGUGGUGGCGGACAUCUGGCGGCGCGUGCUGGUGUGCGCGCUGCCCGCGCCCGCGCUCUACCCCGCGCCCCGCCACGAGCGCCAGCGCUCGCCCUCGCUCGACCAGCUGGAGGAGGGCGCGCCCCCCUCCCCCGCCGCCAGCCCCGCCGACCCCCCCGACGAGCCCGACGAGCGCCCGCGCGACACGCGCCGCAAGUCCUCCUCCUGGAAGACCUUCAACCUGAAGCGCCAGCUGUCCAAGGUCGACCUCAAGUUCAAGGCGGCCUUCGCCGCGCCGCCCGAGCCGGAGCCGCCCGAGCGCGCCGAGCCCGCCGCCGACGAGCCGGAGAGGGGCACCUCGCAAUUCUACUGCGAGCCGGAGCGAAGCGAGGCUCAGGACGGGGACGCGGGCGAGGCGCGGGAAGCGGGCGCGGGCUCGUCGCCCGACAGCGACGACAGCAAGCCGUCGGAGGAGGAGCGCAGCCGCGCCGCCUCGCCGCUGCGCGCGUCCGACGCCUUCGAGCGCAUGCACCGCGAGCUGACCGAGCGCGCGCCCGACGCGUACGACCGCAUGCACCGCGAGCUGCAGGCGCGCUGGCAGGAGCGCGAGCCCGGCCCGGAGCCCCCGGUGGCCCCGCCCCGCGCGCGCCGCGCCCCCGCCGAGCGGCUGGCGGUGCCGCGCGCGCGGGGGGAGGCCCGCCGCCGCCGCGCGCCGCCCGCGUCCUUCACGGGCAGCCUCAUGCGCCGCUUCAGGGAGGCCCUAGCGUGGCUGUGCGAGGGCCCCGGCGCGGCGCGGCAGCCCAUGAACGGGCCGGGCGGCGGGGGCGGCGGGGGCGGGGCCGGCGGGGGGGCGGGGGCGCGGGCCCGGCGGGCGGCGCGCGCGCGGUGCGGCGGUCGCGCUCGCAAGUUUGCAUCUCUUGAGUCACCACCGGUGUCGAAAGUCCCCCACCUCACACUGGUGUGCGGGAGGGGACUGCCGGCCGGCGGAGGGAUAAUGGAGUGUGUUGUCGGUGCGGGCCGCGUAGACAAGCUGGACAGCUCGUUCUCGCGCUCGCGCUCCAGCUCCAUGUCCAGCCUGGAGAACAUCAGCCAGGAGGGCAUCCAGUGCCUCGCCUUCGCCGAUAGUUAUACGAAAAAGUCAGAUCCAAUGACGCUCUUGCCGACGUUAUGGAUCGGCACGACGCUGGGCUCCGUGCUGACGAUGAUGAUCAGCCUGCCCGAGGCGGACCUGCGGCACACGCAGCCCGUGGUGGUCUCCACGACUGGUGGACCCAUUUUUAGGUUAAAAGGUUCAAUCCUGACAAUGUCGUUUCUCGACUGUAAUGGUGCUCUGAUUCCCUAUUCAUACGAAAGUUGGAGAGACGACAGUAAAGACGUGCGGGAACGACGGGAACGCACGCCCACGAAGCAGGGCUCGUCCAGCAGCGGGUCGCGCAUGAGCCCCACGCCGGGCUCGUGCGAGGGGGCGGGCGCGGGCGCGGGGGACCGCCAGUUCGUGGUCAUCGCGUCGGAGAAGCAGGCGCGCGUGGUGGCGCUGCCCAGCCAGAACUGCGUCUACCGGCAGCAGAUCGUGGACGCCGACUUUGUAGUCAAGACGGAAAUCGUCAGUCUUAAAGAUAGUGUAUGUCUCGUCAAUUACCUGUCGACCGGCCACCUGGUCGCGUACAGCCUGCCCUCCCUGCGGCCGCUCGUAGACGUUGACUUCCUCCCUCUCUCAGAGCUUAGCUUCCAGACACAGACCAAACAGAGGGGUAUCGUAGACCCAAUGCUCUCCAUAUGGGGCCAACAACUCAUUGUAAACGAGGACACGGACCAGACGGCGCGCACGUUCUGCUUCAGCAACCGCGGCCACGGGCUCUACCUGGCCUCGCCCUCCGAGGUGCAGAAGUUCACCAUCGACGCCGAGUUCUGCCAGCAGCUUAACGAGAUGCUGGGCGAGCUGUUCCUGCCGCGCGACAUGCCGGAGCCGCCCAAGGAGUCCUUCUUCCGCGGCCUGUUCGGCGGCGGCGCGCGCCCGCUCGACCGCGAGGAGCUUUUCGGCGAGAGCAGCGGGCUGAAGCCGAACCGCACGGUGGCGAAGCACAUCCCGGGGCCCACCGAGCAGCUGCAGUCGCUGAACGCGCGCGCGGGCACCGCGGCCGGCGACGUGUCGCGCGCGCACCAGCUCGUGCUCGAGCGCGGCGACAAGCUGUCGCAGCUGGAGGACCGCACCGAACGCAUGCACUCGCAGGCGCACGAGUUCUCGUCGUCGGCGCACCAGCUGAUGCUGAAGUACAAGGACAAGAAGUGGUACCAGCUGUGAGGCGCGGCCCCACGAACUCUUUAGUGACGUGCGUCGCCUCCACCUGUAUAAAGUAUUAAGUGAGUAAAGGAUAAACUUAAAAAGAUUGGAAAUUUAAGCAUCGGAUGACAAUAAUUUUUGUUACUCUACGCCGGUGGUUUCUUUUACGCUUCCCGGCGCCCCCGGGGCCCGGGCGCGGGCCCGCGUGCCGGUCGUGUAUCGCAGCAAUAAUCGUUUCCGCGACGUCGUCGCCGCUUGUUCGUAUCGUUGUCCGGUCCUUCCUCGCCUCGCCUUACUUAAGCUUCGACUUUUAUACUCUACUAUAGAGACUAUAGAGAUGCUAGUUCAGUUCGACUGCGCGUACGCUUAGCGAUCGGGUGUGACUUCGGCCGUGUGUCGUAUCGGAUGCCAAAGGUCUCGACGCUGUCUCAGUUACCUCCCGUUGACUCGUACCUGUCCGAGAUUGUAAUCGCAUUUUAUUUAGAUGUUUCGCGAGUGGUCUAGUUCCGCUGUGAGCCGACAGAUCCGUCGAGUCUAGUGUUAGUUCCGCGCCGCCCCGUGACGUCGGUGUCGCCGCGUUUUAACCAGAUUAUUUUGUACGGAGGUCUCCCGGAGACGGAUAUUUUCGUAUCGUUCCUUGUCCCCGCGCAUAUCAGACUAUAUCACGUAACUAAUGUCGGGCUGGAGCUCUAUCACUGGCUCGUAUAGUUUUGAGACGCGUUACUGCGUUUUCUACCUAAUCACGAUAAGAUAAAAGUAGUUUUUUCAUUUCGCAAUCACCGUACGUUAAGACUCCACGGAGUUUCGUUUCAUUAACAUUGUCACAUACUUCAUUCUGUGUAGGUGACCGCUAGCAUCCAGCGUACGUACGUUUUAUUAAUAUUUAUAUUUUUAAAGAAUUUUACGCAAAAAGUAUUGUUGUUUGUAACUUAAAUAACAUAGUUUAUGAAAUAUUUAUUUAGAUCGUCGUUCUGUAAUAGAUUUGACGCAGUGAGCCAGCAUCGCGCUCUCGAUUAUAGAAAUUGUAAUUUGCUCUCUCGGUACUAUGUAUGCUCAAGUCUUAUAAUAUACCUAUAUAGCACUGUAUUUAUAAGGAGAGGUAAUAAAAUAAAAUAAUAUAAGAGUUUCACGAUUAGAAUUAUUGGCUAAAAUGUCAAUAAAUAUAUUUCAUGUGAAUACCUAGAUAAUUUGUUUUUUAUAAAAUACACGACUCGAGUGACGAGUGUGGGUGGCAUCACAAGCAGAAAAAUUAUUAAUUUCGGUACACAAUGUUUUAUUUUGAUUAAUGGCAAUUUUGUCUACAGUUGUAUGCGUUCUGCCACCUGCACUCGGUAACACCUGAGCGGCAUGUUGAGAUUAAAUCAUUGUCCUCAGAAGUGCGGCGAGGUAGAGAUGUAUCUAAUAAUAGUUUAGGUUAAGAUUAUAACGGGCCUGUUGUAAACCAAUAUUUAGCGCCCUCUAUUUACUUAUAAGCAACUAUUUGUAAAGCGCCAUCUAUGGUUUUUCUUCCUUUCUUACUGAACUACCGGGAGUCGGGACAAACUUAUUCAUACAAUGACCCAUAGAUGGCGCUACAUCUGUGCGUGCUGCUUUUUAUCGAUCGGUCCGCACGGCCGUUUACAAUUCAAGUUCGAUAAAUAAGGAAGGAUAGAUUGCUAACUUGAAUCGUUAGAUGGCGUUACUAGGCUCGGAAAAAUAAUAAGUCCAAAUCGACAAAAUGACAUAUUUUAGUGUUCAGUGGGUCUAGACAAUGUGCACAUUUUAAUCGCAAACCAGUCGAAAAGUGGUCGAAAAGCUUUUUUCGUAUGGAGUUUUGACGGAUUCGAUUUUCGAUUCGAUCAAAAAGUGCACUUUGUCUAGACACACUGACUUAUUUGAAAAAUCCAAUUUCAUAUUCAACUUUUUCUAACAUCUGACACAGUUUUAUAGUUGAUUUCCGUAAGCUGCUGCUAGGCUGUAGUUAUAAUAAAUUCCGUUAGAUGGCGCAUAUUAUGUAAAUAACUUGAUAAAAUAUUACCGAAACAGCAGAUUUUCACCGAUUUGAAACUAUUGAUUAUUGGUUUUUAUCACUCGGGUGACAUUUCAAAAGCGAUAUCCUGUAGAAAUUACGUUAAGUAAGUUUAAACUAAGCACAUUUCAAUCUUUCAAAUAUUUAAUUCUGGUCGUCACAUCAAAUUUGUUUUUUUAACUGUUCGGUAGUUGGCACUAGUUACAGCACACUUCAACCAGUAAAGUAACGCCAUAAUUAUAAGUCGGAAUACAAGGUACUGGCGACGAUAAUAAUAAGUUUUACGCGAUGUUUUUACCAAUAUAUGACGUUAGCAAUAUAUCCUUCCUUAUUUAUUUAUAGUAUAGAUGAACUACACUGAACUGUCCCACCAAACACAUUGACAGGGGGGCGCCACCAUCGUUCAACUUUAUAAGUUUCCAACGUGGCAAGAAUCGGAACCAGGGAAUCCAGCGAUCCGGUAUUGACAGUGGCGCCCCCGUGUCAGUGUCACGGGGUGGGAUAGUCCGGUGUAUAGAAAGCGUGGAACGAGCCCUGUUGUGAAACAACAAUUGGCGCCCUCUAUUUACUUAUAAGCAACUGUUUGUAAAGCGCCAUUUGCGGUUCUUCUUUCUUUCUCACCGAACUACCGGGAGUCGGGACAAACUAAUUCAUACAAGGAACCAUAGAUGGCGCUACAUCUGUGCGUGCUACUUUUUAUCGAUCGUUCGGCACGGCCAUUAGAUGAACUGUGGGACAGUUCAGUAUAGUUUACUUGACCGUGCGGACCGAUCGAUAAAAAGCAGCAUGCACAGAUGUAGCGCUAUUUAUGGUUCCUUGUAUGAGUUUGUCCCGACUCCCGGUAGUUCAGUAAGAAAGGAAGAACCAUAGAUGGCGCUUUACAAACAGUUGCUUAUAAGUAAGUAGAGGGCGCUAAAUAUUGGUUUACAACGGGGCCCGUUCCAGGAUUUCUACUUUCUCUUCCUCUCCCAAUUGAAAAUGAGAAAGAGAAGUAACCGCCGUGGUGGGCGGACCCGGCUGCCUCGCCGGCGUGGAGGGGCGCGAGGGGGCGCGGUGCUGGCGCGUCGAGGACGUUAAGUUUACUCGAUUCUAUUCCUUGUUACUAGAGUUGAUAUGAGGUUGCAUUUAGCCGACGAGCGCGUUACGUUCACCUAAUAUUAUUACGCAACGAGCGAUGUUCCAUUUCAGACGCUGACGAUUCAUUUGGAAAUUAUGGGACUAAAUUAAAUAAUAAGAAUUGUAAAUAAAUAAUAAAACUUGUGGCAAAUUAUUACUUGUUAAUCUGUAAUAAUCGUAGUUCAUUUCAACAUUAUUUUGUAUGGAUUAGACGACUGUCUCUUUUUUAAU